AUGGAUUCUACUGGUAAUAACAUUGAAUUAGCCGAAAUUCCGGUUCCUAUUCAGCAACCAUCUGCUGAACUGAGAGAAGACAUUGGACCGAUUUUGGAUACUAAUAAGUCAACAGCGGCUGGUAGUGGUGGCAAAAUUGAUCACUCGGUAACAGCAUCGAAACCUGCAUGGAAUAUAAAACGUUGGUACGGGUCAAUACCAAGGUCAAUCAAGUCUGGUGUGGCAUUUUUUCUAUUUACAAUUGUUGCAAUGACAAUUGGCAUUUUAGUAGUUUGUUUUACUUCACCAAAACCACAGGCUAAAAAAUGUGGGUUGAACUUCUCGCCAACGUCCAAAAACCCAAUUGAAUAUAAUUAUGGUCCACGAUCGGUUGCCGUCGGGUAUUUCAACAACGAUACUUGGCUAGAUAUGGUUGUUGCUGACUCUAUUGUCAGCAUCAUAUCUAUAUAUUUUGGAUAUGGUAAUACCACGUUUUCCAAACAAAUCGAAUAUUCUACUGGUAUUCGUGCUGCUCCAUCGAUGGUUGCUAUCGGUGAUCUAAAUAAUGAUGCUCGAUUCGAUAUUGUAGUGGCAAACUUUGGUACUAAUAAUAUCGGUAUAUUUAUUGGAGUUGGAAAUGGAUCUUUCAAGAGUCAAAUAGAACUUUCAACUCAAUCUUCGCGUCCAACUUCAGUUACUUUAGUCGAUAUUAAUAACGACACAUUACUUGAUAUUAUUACUGUUAAUUUCGGAACUCAUAGCAUAAGUAUAUUCUAUGGAUAUAGAAAUGGAAUCUUCUCAAGUCCAAUAACAUAUUCAACUGGCUAUGAUUCUCUUCCAUUCGGAUUGGUUACGGGAGAUUUCAAUAACGAUAACUAUCUAGACAUUGCCAUUGCUAAUUAUGGUACAAGCAAUAUUGGCAUAUUUCUUUCCAACGGCAAUAGCACGUUUGAAAAUCAGAUAACCAUUUCAACUGGUUAUGAUUCUCAUCCGACAUCGAUAGCUGUUGGCUACUUUAACGACGAUACACUUCUUGACAUUGCUGUUACUAACUAUGGAACCAAUAUGAUAGGUGUAUUUUUAAGCAAUGGUAACAGUACUUUUGCAAAGCAAGCAAUAUAUCCCAUAAAUGCUACAUCUCCAUUUUCAAUUGGUGUUGGUGACUUCAACGACGACAAACAUCAAGACUUAAUCUUCGUUGGUAUCGGUAGUAAUAAUAUCGGUCAGCUUCGUGGAUUUGGAGAUGGUAGUUUUGACGAACCAAGAAUGAAUUCAACUGGAUCUUCUUCAUCGAUUUCAUUGGCAAUAUGUGAUUUCAACGGAGACAAUCGACUAGAUAUGAUUAUUGUUAAUAAUGAUACUGGUAGUAUUGAUAUUCUUAGUGGCUAUUUCGAAGGUUUUCCAAAUGCAAAACCGUAUACAACCGGAUCUUCGCCACGGUCUUUGGCUCUUGGUGAUUUCAACAAUGACACUAUAUUAGAUAUGGCUGUUGUCAAUUAUCUCGACAAUACCACAACUAUUUUUUCUGGUCAUAGUGAUGGUACUUUUAGCCUGUCAGAUACAUAUGUCACUGAUAGUCAUCCUUCAUUUGUAACUAUUGGCGACGUUAAUAAUGAUACUUUUCUAGAUCUAGUUGUUGCCAAUUAUGGUAGCAGUAAUGUGGGCGUUUUUCUUGGCGAUGGUUAUGGGUCUUUUAGCGAUCAAGUGACAUAUACAACUGGAUCUUCUCCAGUAUUUGUAGCUAUUAGCGAUGUCAAUAACGAUACUUGGCUCGAUCUAGUGGUUGCCAAUGUUGCUAGUAAUAAUAUCAGUAUACUUCUUGGGUGUGGUAAUGGUUCCUUUGGGCAACAAAGCACCUAUUCAACUGAUCUUGGUCCACAAGCUUUAGCGUUAGGUGACCUCAAUAACGACACCCGAAUAGAUAUUAUUGUUGUCAAUCUUGAUAGCAACAAUGUGAAUGUUCUACUUGCCGAUGGUAAUGGCAAUUUUGUGAAUUCUAUGGCAUAUUCAGUUGGUACUAAACCGUUUUGGAUAGUCGUUGUUGACUUGAACAAUGACUCUCGACUGGAUAUCGUUAUUGCCAAUUUUGGAAGCAAUAAUGUAGGCGUCCUCCUUGGAAAUAAUAAUGGAUCUUUUGCAAAACAAACAACGUAUGCAACUGGCACUUCUCCAACAUCUGUAGCUGUCGGUGACAUGAACAAUGAUACUCGAUUAGACAUUGUUAUCGCUUGUGCUAGUUUUGCAGAUGUUUUGAUAUGGUUCGGAGAUGGUAAUGGUUCUUUUGAAAAUCGGGGGUCAUAUAACACUGGCAUAACUUCACUCACUAUAGCUAUUGCUGAUUUGAAUAAAGAUACUCGACUGGAUAUCGUUGUGGCCGCCUAUCAGAGUAAUAAUGUAGGUGUAUUACUUCAAUUUAACCGGGGUGCUCUUGAAAAUUCUAUGACUUAUGCAUCUGGUGGUGGUUCUAAGUUGAGCUCGAUUGCUGUCGCUGAUAUAAACAAUGAUACUCGACUGGAUAUUGUUGUAGCUAAUUUCGGUACUGGCAAUGUAGGUGUUCUUUUUGGAAAUGGUGAUACCAUGUUUACAAACCAAAUGAUGAUCAACAUGGGCUCCAAUUCUCAUCCAUCGUCUAUUACUAUCAGCGAUUUCAAUGGUGAUACUUAUCUAGAUAUUGCUGUGGCGACUUAUAAUACCAAAACAAUCGGUAUGUUACUUGGAAAUGGAAAGGAAUCAUUUGAAAAACAAAUCAUUUAUCAAAGUCCUUUUGCGUCUUCUCCGUUGGUUAUCUCUUCUGGUGAUUUUAAUAACGACAGACAAUCAGAAAUUGUUGUGGGAUACGACGAUAAUGAUAAUAUCGAUAUUCUUGUUGCAUACAAUACUGGAUCUUUUCUAACGCAAAACACAUAUUCAACUGGUUCUGGAUCACGGUAUAUUGCUACUGGUGAUUUCAACAAUGAUACUCAUCUUGAUAUUGUAGCCACUAAUUAUAAUGAUGGUAAUGUGAGUAUACUUCUCGGAUAUGGGAAUGGUACGUUUUCUCAACAAAUGACAUAUUCAGUUGGGUCUCAACCACGAGGUGUAACUGUUGGUGAUUUUAACAACGAUAAUAGACUAGAUAUUGUUGUCGCCAACACUAAUAAUAAUAGUGUGAGUAUUCUUUUUGGAAAUGGGAAGGGUAGUUUUGCAAAUCAAAUUAUCUAUUCAGUCGGCACUAGUCCAUUCUAUGUAGCUGUUGGUGACUUUAACAACGACACUCGAUUGGAUCUAGUUGUUACCAAUUAUGGUAGUAAUAAUGUCAGUAUCCUUCUUGGAAAUAUUGAUGGUAGUUUUACUGAUCAAAGAACAUAUUUGACCAAUGCUCAACCAUACUCUGUAGUUGUUGGUGAUUUUAAUCGGGAUUCUCGAUUAGAUAUCGCUGUUGCCAAUUAUGGCCCUAAUGAUGUGAGUAUUCUUCUGGGGAUUGGUGACGGUACUUUUGCAAAUCAAACGCCGUAUCCAGUUGACGGCAACCCAGUGGCUAUCGCUGUCGAUGAUUUCAACAAUGAUACAUUACUGGAUAUUGCUGUUGCUACGGUGGGUCAGCGUCAAGUGAGUGUUCUCCUGGGAUAUGGUGAUGGAUCCUUCGCAGAUAAAGUGACGUAUCCAGUGGGUCCACUUCCUGAAUCUGUAGUUGUUGCAGAUUUCAACAAGGACAAACGAUUAGAUCUUGUUGUUAGUAAUUUCGGUAGCAAUACGGUGGGUGUGUUACUAGGUUUUGGGAAUGGAACGUUUAUGUCUCAAGUUACAUAUUCAGUUGGUACUCAACCAUAUGGUCUAAGUGUUGGUGAUUUUAAUGAAGAUACUCGACUUGAUCUUCUUGUAGCAAAUUCAGGUGACAACAACGUCUUGAUACUGUUUGGUGGUGAGAAUAAAGCUUUUUUACCGCAACUGACGCUUCUAACUGGCCAAGAUUCCCGACCACGAUCGUUUGUCAUUGGUGAUUUUAACAAUGAUAACCAAACAGAUAUUGGAGUGGCCAAUUCACGCGCUAAUAAUAUUGGUAUUUUCUUGGGAUUGGGUAAUAUUACUUUUACAAAUCAAACAACAUAUUCAACUGGUAUGAAUUCAUCUCCAUACUCUGCAGCAGUUGGUGAUUUCAAUAACGACAAUCGACUCGACAUUGUCACUGCUAAUUAUGGUUCCGACAGCAUCAGUAUUUUUCUUGGAGUUGGUGAUGGUUCGUUUCCAAAUCAAACGACGUAUUCAACUGGUUCAUUUUCGUCUCCUUAUUCUGUGGCUGUUGGUUAUUUUAAUAAUGAUACUAAACUUGAUAUUGUCGUCGUUAAUUAUAAUAGCAACGAAUUAGGUGUAUUUCUUGGACGUAGUAAUGGUAUAUUUAACAUGAUCAUCCUUUUUGCGAUGGAGUACGGAUCGCAUCCGUUCUCUAUCGCUGUUGGUGAUUUUAGUAAUGAUGGAAAGAUAGAUUUUGCUGUAGCAAAUAAUGGUACUGACAAUUUAAAUAUUUUCUUACAGACUUGUUAA